GUUGGAGGAUCAGUCAGCAACACGCGCCCAUAAACAAGGACGGGACGAGCGCGUGGCCAGCAAUAGGAGCGCACCGUGUUGUGUAUGUGUCUGUGUUUCAGAGCGCGUUUUCCAGAACAGAAAACAGAACUACAGAUAGAAAAAUUGGGACUACAGAAUCUCUAUAAAAAGCCCGGAGUUCCUCCAGGCUUAUGCGAUUGGAGUGACUCGGAGGCUCGUGCCUUUCCCCCUUUCAAGGUUCCAGAGAGGCGCUUAGAAAAGCCCUGUGCAUUCCUCCUCUCGAAGAGAGGGAGGGAGGGAGAGAGAAAGAAGGGGGAUACGCAUACGUAAAUGCAUACGUGCCUGGAGCUGGUUUCGACUGUGGGACUGUGCAUAUAGAAGGGGGGGGGUUUAAAAACGGAGACGGUUGGGGAUAUUUUUGUCGCCAAACGGACCUAUAGAGCGGCAAUGAGAUCGAGUUGCUGUUGAGCCAAUGCUUUGAUGAAUAAUUUACGGUCUUGUCGGCGGAGAGAGAGCGAACCGAAACCACCGUCUUCUGCAAGCCUCUGACGGCGUUGGAGAGGGCCCGGAUGGUGGACUAGAGGGCCGACAACGUUGACGCGAAAACGGGACGAAAUAUUUGCAUUGAGUAGUGUGAUGCUGUGUCGGUUGGGGAGGAAAAAGGAGCUUUGGGCACUUUGAAGGGGAUCCUGUACAAAAUCUGUUUUCGGACUAUUCUAUAAACCCGCCAGGCCGCGACAUCUACAACAAAAACAACGACAAACGAAUGAAUAAACAAAAACCAGUGAACUCUAAAUGUGGCUCUUUCGGAUUAGCCCACACAAAAAGACAGAAUAGAUUUAGGCCUAUGUAAAGUUGGCCAUAAUUGUAGUGAGUAGCCUGUAAUAAUUAUUCUAAAUCCGUAUCCAAGUGAAGAUAUUGUAUCAUUGUGAACUGAAAUUAAUGUUGCUAAUUUGAUUUGAAGAGAAUCUUAUAAAAGGGCGGACUUUAUUUGCGUAUCUGUCGUCAGUUGACGGUUCUUUUUGAGAGAUACCACCUAUAGGACCUAUCCUAUGUAUGUGGAGCAUUUUGACUGUAAAAACGACCUACCUCAAGAACCUGUUUUCCACAGAAGAGAACACAAGGGGAGAAACAAACGUACGUUUCCCAAAUGAAUAUCCCAGUAAUACCUGAGUGGAUGUUCUUAUAAAGUGUAGCCUUGUUUAAAACUCCUCAGAUGGCUUCAUUCUCAGACUCCGACCUACAAACCUGUCCUCUCUGCAAGGAGCUCUGUGGCUCCUCCUCCACUCCUAUUUCCUCCAACUCCUCCACCUCAUCCUCCUCAUCUCAUUCCUCCUCCUCGUCGUUCUCCUCCCGGCGCCUCCAUGUCCUCCCCUGCCUCCACGCCUUCUGCAGGCAGUGUCUGGAGGGCCAGCGCAGCCCUGGGGACCCUCUCAAACUCAGCUGCCCCACCUGCAAUCAGAAGGUCUCCAUCUCUGAAGCCGGAGUGGACUCCCUCCCUUCCUCCAACUUCCUCUUCAGUAACCUUCUGGAUGUGGUGGUGAGCUCCGAGGAGCAGCUCCAACUCGGCCAGAAUAUCAACGGCCACCACCGGGGGGUCAGCGGUGGCUCCAUACCCGGGUUCCACCACCCCCACGGCGGACUCCUCCGCCCGCACCGCCUGGGAGAGCCUACGUGUAGCUCCUGUGACGAGGGGAACCUGGCCGGCUCCCACUGCCUGGACUGCCAGGAGUACCUGUGUGAUAACUGCGUCCGUGCCCACCAGAGGGUCCGGCUGACCAAGGAUCACUUCAUUGAGAGGCUAGCUGAGAGCCUGCACCAGCACCAAGCGGGUCGAGGCAAGAUCAUCCCCAUCGGAGGAGGUGGAGAAGGGGGGGGAGACGUGGGUGUCUCCCUGGCCCAGUCCUUUCACUACAACUUCUCCCUGCUACCUUUGUUCCAGGACAGGAUGAGCUUCUGUCAGAACCACGACAACGAGGUGUUUCUGUUUUUCUGUGAGACGUGCUCGGUGCCGAUCUGUAGGGAGUGUAGUGUGGGCAGACACGUGGGCCACAGCUUGGUCUAUCUACAGGAUGCUGUCCAGGACUCCAGAGACAUCACCAUCCAGCUACUGGCCGACGCACAGCAAGGAAGACAGGCUGUACAGCUGAGUAUGGAGAAAGCCCAGGCCAUAGUGGAGCAGGUAGAGAUCAAGGCCAAGUUGGUUCAGACAGAGGUGAAGAACAUCAUCCUCAGACACAAGAAAGCCCUGGAGGAGAGAGAGUGUCAGCUACUCUGGAGGGUUGAGAAGAUCCGCCAGCUGAAAGCCAAGUCUCUGUACCUGCAGGUAGAGAAGCUGCAUCAGAACCUGACCAAGCUGGACAGCACCAUUGCAGCCGUCACUCAGGUGCUCGACGAGGGCCGUCACCUGGACGUGCUGCUGGCCAGAGAGCGCAUGCUGACCCAGAUCCAGGAGCUCAAGUCUCUCAGAGGCCUGCUGCAGCCACAGGAAGACGACAGGUUCAUGUUCAUGCCUCCAGACCAGGCCCUGUACAUAGCCAUCCAGUCCAUGGGGCUGAUCAGUAGCGGAGCGUUCGCGACCGUCACCAAAGCUCAUGGAGAGGGCCUAAAGACCGCACUCCGCGGCAAGCCUGCCUCCUUCACCGUGAUUGGCUACGACCAUGACGGGGAGCCCCGCCUCUCGGGCGGUGACGCGGUGUCAGCAGUAGUGAUGGCAGCAGUGGAUGGUAACCUGUCGGCUGCCGAGGUGUGUGACCACCUGAACGGGUCAUACACAGUCAGCUAUUUGCCCAAAGCAGAGGGAGAAUAUCUGGUGUCAGUUCUGGUCUGUAACCAGCACAUCAUGGGUAGCCCCUUUAAGGUGCUGGUGAAGUCUGGGCGGAGCUAUGGCGCCCUGGGGUCCCCGGUGUCUGCAUUCGGUGGUGAGGGGGAAGGGGAGGGGCAGCUGUGUCGGCCCUGGGGGAUCAGCGUGGACAAGGAGGGAUACGUGGUGGUGGCCGACCGCAGUAACAACCGCGUACAGAUCUUUAAGCCGUGCGGUGCCUUCUACCACAAGUUUGGCUCCCUGGGUUCUCGCCCCGGUCAGUUUGACCGUCCAGCGGGCGUGGCAUGCGACAGCCAACGCCGGAUCAUCGUGGCGGACAAAGACAACCACCGCGUGCAGGUGUUCACUUUCGACGGGCAGUUCAUGCUCAAGUUCGGCGAGAAGGGCACUAAGAACGGGCAGUUCAACUACCCCUGGGAUGUGGCGGUGAAUUCUGCAGGGAAGAUACUGGUCUCUGACACCAGGAACCACCGUGUCCAGCUCUUUGGCCCUGAUGGGUCCUUCAUCAACAAGUACGGCUUUGAAGGCGCUCUGUGGAAACACUUUGACUCACCGCGUGGCGUCGCCUUCAACCACGAGGACCACCUGGUCGUCACCGACUUCAACAACCAUCGUCUGCUGGUGAUCCGGCCGGACUGCCAGUCUGCCCGGUUCUUGGGCUCAGAGGGAACCGGUAACGGGCAGUUCUUGCGUCCGCAGGGCGUGGCUGUGGACCAGGAGAACCGGAUCAUCGUGGCUGACUCGAGGAACCACCGGGUGCAGGUAUUCGAGCCCAACGGGAACUUCUUAUGUAAAUUUGGUAUGCAAGGGAGUGGCUUUGGACAGAUGGACCGCCCCUCCGGUGUUGCCGUGACGCCUGACGGAGUCAUCGUGGUCGUCGAUUUUGGAAACAACCGCAUCCUCAAGUUUUGAAAAGUUCUAAUAAUUUUUUGCUUUCUUUCGUUCUUUUUCUCGCUUUGUUUGCUCUCUGUUUCUCAGUUUGGGAGAGGAAUUAAAAGAGAGGAGGAAUCAACAGACAGACACACAGAGAGGACAGUUUAAACAGAGAGAUGAACAGAGCAGACGAAAAUACUUUAUUACGAAAUUAAGGGAAAACGGAUUUGUUGAUUAUUGUUUGUAUUUCUUUACAUUUAGCUUCAGAUUGUGGUGUACUGUAUGACAAAGGGGACCACUAAGAUGAUUGAUAAUCAUUAGUGAAAGUGACAAAAAAGAUAUCCGUAAUUUCUAUUUUUUCUAUCUCAACUGCUCAAAGCUCUCUCGCUAAACUCUCCUCAAAUCGCCAUCUCAGGGACUUUUCUCACAUUUCUUGAAAUAUUGAACCCACUGCUCCACCACCUACCUCAUCUAGUUCUUUAUGAAUGUACUCACACUCUCCGAGCAGAGGUCUAGUCCGUCAAGUUUUACAAAGAAGAAAAGAAAGUCUACCUCAAUACUGAAUUUUAUUUAAAGAGCAACAUAAAAAUGUUUUUUUUAUAUAUAUAUAUAUAUAUAUUUGCACAGGAUUAAUAGGAUUCAUGCUGUGCAUCUUGGGUAAUGUGUUUUGUUGCUGAGACACUCGGAUGCUGUAGUUCUACGCUGCAUGUUUAGUUCUGGUUAUAGAAGCCCGACCUGACCUGUAGUGUAGUCUAGAGCGUUCAGUGGUGUCAUUUUAUGUUAUCUAGAUUUAGGGUAGCUUGUUAGUUAGUAAAUCUCUGUUUAGAAUUGCCCCCUCAUCUCUCAAUGUGUAGUGUCAUGGCACUGUCAAAAGAAGAAGAGAGGGUUUUAUGUAAUGCCAAGCCUGUUUAGACUGAUUCAUUGUUAGUUAAUUAGUUAGUUAGUUAGUUAGCUCAAGCCACAGGAGGAGACUGAUGUUGAGGUAAAACUGAUCAGUAGAAUCAGAAGAAUCUCCUUUAAGCUUUACUAGUUUAUUGAUUAUAGAUCGCAGCGGAACUGGGACAGAUGCGGUUUGAUGAUUGGUUGGAAUCACGAGGUAGUCGUUGUUGUGGGGAGAUUGUCCCUGCUGUCCCAAAUGAUCCUAUUAUCAAUUGACUAUUGUUGAUUCCCCUGUCAGGCAUCAAAGUAUUACAGGAAUAUGUUCAUGAUUGAUUAAGCAAAGCAUGCUGGAUCUAUAUACAGUAUAAGAAAAAUAAUGAAAAUGCAAAAAAAAGAGUGUUUGUCUACUCUGAAACAGAGGGCCCACCAAAGUAUUUCAGAAGUUUAUCUGGAGUUAUCAGGAUGUUGUUUGUUUGUUUUACCUUUAUUUAACCAGGCAAGUCAUUUAAGAACACAUUCUUAUUUUCAAUGACGGCCUGGGAACAGUGGGUUAUAACUGCCUGUUCAGGGGCAGAACGACAGAUCUGUACCUUGUCAGCUCGGGGGUUUGAACUCGCAACCAGGCUACGCUGCCGUAUCAGUUAUUGAUUAGGAAUCGUGUCGGAGUGACAUCUUGUUGUGAAUGAUGCAGGUGGAGAACGAUGCCUCCAUAAAGAGAGCAUCUUGAGUAACUGUCCACAGGACGUGACCGACAACAGUGAGAGCUAAUAUGAGAUCAGGGUUGGAUUGUGUGUUGAUUUGUGGGACAUUCCGAUUUGCUCUUGGGGCCUAGAAUUGAAUCUAAUCCCCUUGUGAUGUCACUGCAAAGCCCCUCCCUAUUUAUUAACUUCCAGUCUGGAAUGCUGGAGAGAGAGAGUGUUCCGGAACAUGUGCAUAAAAAAAGUUAUUGGAAAUGUUUUUAAACCAUUGUCUUAAACUCAGGGCCGUGAGAGAAGAAAAUCUAAAAAGCAAUUGAACAUGUUUAAUUCACUCACAAACUUCAUCUGAAAGUUUCAGUAUUGAUUAUUUUAAACCCAAUAACAUAUUUUAGAACAGUAAUCUCAGUAAGAAAUAUGCUAACAUGAUUGCAAUUGCUAGCUAGAUAGCUAAAAUGGUUCCCUAGCAACAAACAUCUUAAGAUUUGUAAGAAGAUAUUUGAGAAGUUCGUAAGAAAAUCAUUACAUCUUAAGAUAUUGUUGAGGAAUUGCACUUACGAACUAUCUUAUGAACCUCUUAUUUUUUUCUUAAGAAGCUUCUUAAGUUUUUGCGUAAGAAGUGUUUUGUGAAUCUGGGACCUGACCUCCAAAAGAUGGAGGUAUAUACUGGUAGAGCCCAGCUAGUGGAGUCAACCAAAGAUAGAAUUUCUGCACAACGGCCACCUGUAGGUUUGGCAUCUAAAGAACUACAAAUUGAAAGAAACACUUUGUUGUUUAAUCAUUAGUGUUGGAGGUCUAAAACCCUCCAACUCUCACCAAAAAGAUGCAUUCAAAGCACUGCCAAUGCUGUCAAUCACAGUCAGGUGGGGAGAAGAGGAAUAUAGGGCCAACUGUGGUGAAAUAUUAUUAACAUUCACACAGUACUGUAACAUCCUGUUGAGACAAGAAUCCCAGCCAUAUAAAACUCAAUAGGUUUAUGUAGCUUUGAUUUUGAAGUACUUUUCAGGCCCACGUCUGAGGAGAACGUUGUAGAAAGGUCUGAAACCAGACCAUAUCGCACAGCAACCAAAGAGUAUAUGUGUGUGAUUUCAGUCUAGCAUCACCACCUAUGUUAACGUGACACUGACUCAUAACUCAUAUGACUCAUAACUAGCAUCCCUUAUUAGCAUUAGCAUCUCAGCCUACACAACCAUUGAGUGCUAACAGAUUCCUGAUUUAUCACCUCUGAGGUGGAACUGUUAGAGGGGUUGUAAAUACCCCUUUCCCUUGUAAAGUUAGCCACUCCCUUAGCAUAUCCUAGCCUAGCGGUAUGGGCGCUAUUAGUGGGUCGCUGACUGAACUUCUUACCUCAGAGGAAAGAGUAGGCCUGCACUUUCCAUCCUAAUUUACAUCAACUUACACAUCUCUUCAUUUACCUCAACAUAUAUAUACCUCAACUUUCAUAUUCCUCACAUUUACUCAUGUGUAUCUCAAUUCUAAUGUAGCCUACCUCAACCAGUAACUUGCAUAUACAUAUUGUUACAGAACCUAUAUUCUCAGACCUCAUCAACAUACAAAUGUCAUUUUGCAAAUAUACCUCAGCACACAUUUGACCUCACACUUGAAAUGCCUCAUGUUACAUACAGUACACAUAGGCCUACCUCUCAAGUAUGUUGACUAGUAACUUAUAAACAUAAAGUCUCUCUUAUGGACUGUAUACCUUAGUUUCACUUUACUUUACUUUUUAACAUACCUCAUGUUACUUUUACCUCAACUCACAAUUUAAUACAUGUUACCUCACCUGUCAGACCAAAGAUCUCCAUUUAAUUUGAAAUGACAAGUUACAAAUGGCCUUCUCUUCACACUGUGUCCAUGAGUGGGUUGUUUAGAAGUGUGGUGAAUUGUGCCUUUUAAUCAUAUGGAGAAACCAAAUAAUGCAGAUCUGAGAAUUGUGCCAAAAAGAUAUCUGUGAGAGUUUGGUGCCAAAUGGAGUUGGCAUCAGAAUGACACUGUCAUAGAUGGAGAAUGUCAUUGGACCAUUAUAUCCUAGAUAUGUGUUUAGCAAAUCAAAGCAGUUGGGGACAGAUCCCUGUGCUUUGAUUGGAUGCACUUAGGGGGGCUGGCCCCCUUUUGCUUUAUGUCAUUUUGCAGAUCAGCAGAGCUGUAACCUGAUUGUCCAACAGUGAGAGUGAUUGUGAUGUCACUGUUGGCUGAUUGGCCUUAGAGUCUUAGUGAUGUCAGAGGCACAUGAUCAUGUAAGAUACCCCUUGUCAUUUGUUGCCAUGCGUUAGCGGGAGAGGGAGUGUUCUCUCUAAAGAGUUAGGACCUCCAUCUUACUCCCCUUAGAUGUACAAGAAUGACCUCUAAUUUCAACACAAUACACAAUUUCUCCUCAGUAAGAACAUUUACAAGUGUGGACUUUAGAGUUAGCGUAGUGUUGGUUGAGGAGGAUAGUAAUUUAUUUUGAGAUGAGUGUAAAAGUCAAACUCUUUGACAAAGCAAAACUGUGGUGUAUAGGAACACAUUGAGUGAAUAAGAUGUUUAUUUCACAUUAAUAAGCCUGUUUAUUACAUGUUAAUACAGUGGAGACGUUAGCACAUUAAAGGGCAAGUGAGUUGGAGUCCCCAGACCCUGCUGCUUAGAACCCACAACCGCUUCACCGAUAUGAUCUGUCGAUGGGUUUCAGUAUUACUAUAUGAAAUGUGUAGUCUGCAUCAAUCUUUUUUUUAAAUUAAGUUGCAGGAAAUCAAUCUUUUUUUAAAAUUAAGUUGCAGGAAAUUCUAUCUUUAAGAUCCUUAGGUCUUCACUCUUAAAGAGGAAAAACAUGUAUUUUAAACUUUUGUUCAUUGUUUUUAUUUUCAUUUGUUGCAUUCUUUCAAAAUUCUCUACAGUGAACCAACGUCUCACAGAUAAAUGGGUGUUGUAAACUCAGAUGGGUGGGUUACUGAAUCUGGAUGAUUUUAUCAUGAUUAUAUAGCCAAAGAUGUGUGUGUGUUAGGAGUACAUUGGAUGUAUUUAACCUUUUGACCUUUGCGAAUGUAUUUCCUGUAACCAAGAGGCUCUGCAGAAGCCAACCAGUGCUCGACUGGCCAUGUCUUGAAUCCUGAGAUGGGGAAAAAAACAGCUCAACUCGCCAUCCCUUAAAACAGAGAUGUAGCAGAGCCGGUUAGUACAACAACAACUUGUAAAGCUGCACAGUCAGCUUUUUUUUAACCCCCCCCCCUCUAGUGUUUUUUGCAACCUCAUUCACUAUCUGUGAAAAGAAGCUAGGUUUAUUGACAAGUUUAGCUGCCUAGCAUCGCUAGAAUCGCUUGAUUCCCCCUCAAUGAUAUCCGGGAAGUGUGGUGAUGUCUUCGGAGGAUGUGAUUGGUCGCCUGUACUCCUGUUAUCGGGGGUUUUAUUGGCCCCUGUGGUUCUGUCCACCAUUUUGUUUCAGGCCUCUCUUAGCAUUAAGAGAAAAGAAAAAGAAGAGAUGCUUUUAAAAGUGAAACUGCACCAGCUGGAAAGUCUGCAAGGUCUUAGACCUCUGUCAAUGAUUGUAUCAUCUUUAAAGAAAAUAAAAAUAUGAAAAAAAAUUGAAAGAUAAAAAAUAAAAGAAACUCAGGUAGUUCUAUGUCCCUACCCUGUGGGUGUCACAGUGUAACAUGUCUCCCCAGUGAUGCGGGUGUCACAGUGAAACAUGUCCCCCCUUGUGAUGAUGUAGUGAACCUUUCUGUUAUGACCUCAGUACUGGUCUCAUUGGUCACGUUUCAGGACAUUCUUGUUUUGCAUUCGCGCUGUGCAAACGAUGAGAUUUCUAUAUGGUUCCUGUGCUUUUAAACACCUCUACAGGCUUUGUGAGAUGUGCAGCACGACUGUGGUAAAGACGGGCUGGAACGCGACCAAAAGUUCUAUGUGUGUGUCCGUUUAGCAUAGUACACAUUAGUUUUCAAUCUGGAAAAUAACCGUAUAAUUUUUGGGGGGCUUUUUAGAUAAUCUCCCUCAAAUGUACUCUUUUAUUUUCAUGUUUUAUUUUCGUUUCAUUUUUCAAUUGUUUGAUUAACACAAAAGGACAAAUACUCCAGACCACACGACUCUCUGCGACCCUUUUGGAAUGUAUUGCUUUUAAAGAAAAGGGUUUGUUGGGAGUUCAUGUUGAUUUUAGAUCACACCCUAUCCGCUGCUAGCAGGAACACAGGACAGGACUGAUACUGUACUACCAACCAAUCAGAGUCUGGAGAAUUAGAACGGAUGCCACAUUGUCAUCCAAUAUUCCAUGACAAUGAUGUUCCACUGAGUUGCAAUUUAGAAUGUUACUGUCAUGGAGCUUUUGUGACAAUAUGGCAUCUUUAAGAAUUUUAAGUCUCAGUUUAUCAACACACCAUCAACACACCCCCAGGGCUUAGUAAUGCACAGCUAAUUCAACAUCACAGCUUUUAACAAGGAGUUGUCCUAACAAGUUGUCUAGAUAAAACAAGGAGUUAACGGCUAGAGAAGUGGCUGUGUCUUAAAAUAGUUUGACCCUGUUCUGUUUUGUAUCCUGUGUGCAGGCAGGUAGUGUGUGUGUGUUUGUGCGCUGCAUCGUGUUGUUGAAGAGAAAUCCACUGAAUGUAUUCUCCUCUCAGUCCACGAGGUAGGAGGAAGGCAGGGACCAGCCAAGUUUAGAUGGGUGCUGCUGGUGCUUCUAUAUGUGUGUGUGUGUGUGUGGGGGGGGCGCACAUCCUUGAGUGUUUUGUGUUGGUGUACUUUCGUGUGUGUAUGUGCAUGCGCAUACCUGUGUGCGUUUGUGUGUUUCCCCCUUUCACACUGUGGUUGGUGUGGAAGUGCCGAUGUCAGGCCUUCAGUCUAAAUAUGGCAAAGUAGACUAUAAUAUAUCGGUUACCUGCUACACUCUGUCUUCUGUGGACUUUAAACGUUUCCUAUGCAGUUAUUUGGUUUACACUUAAAUAAACUUGUAUUUCAUUGA